UUUGAAUUAUCAUUUGAACAUAAUAUAUAUAAAUAUCUAAAAAAAAUCAACAAAUUCCAUAGUAUAUAAUGAAUUUUCACGAUGUCUUUGUCUUGGCGUGUUUGUUUGUGGGCUUAGAAGCCGCAGAAAACUGGUUAAAUCAUCCGCUCUAUCCAUGCGUUCAAUGUUUAUGUCAUGCUAGAUCAGGAUGCUGGAGAAGACAGAAUUGCGCUCGAUAUUCAAUUUCAGAACAAUAUUGGAGAGAUGCUGGAGCGCUAACCGUAUCCAAUGAAGAAAAUCAGGACAGUGACGCUUUCAGACGUUGUAUGGCUAAUGAAAACUGUAUCGUUGGAACCAUCAUUAACUAUACAGGACGUUUCGGAGAUUUAGACUGUAACUGCGACAAUGUUUUUGAUUGUAAAGAUCGAUUAGCUAUACACUUGAAAGGUAAGAAUUGCGAUCGACCAGUAUAUGGCUCAAUAUAUGCUUCCAGAUUCAAUCAUUGCGCUGCUAGAAUUGGUGUGCAGCAGAUGUUUUCACAAGAAGGAGAGCCUAACUGCGAAGCUAAAGUGAUGAUAUACUGAAAAAAUAUUUGGUGUUUCAUGCGUAUAAGUAUGUAAAUGAAAUAAACGUUAAUUAAAUGUUAAAA